UCGACCUAGAGCAGGCGGUGACUCUGUCUGUAUUCUGGUACAACUGAUCUAAACCAACGGAGGUUAAACUAUUUUUAUUUGCUAUAACGCGGUCUUGUGAGUGAUACAGAUGUCUGCAGAAUAAUAGUGAGGGGGAUGAAGGAUUACACACAUACAUGUAUGUGAUUCCACCCACAUGGAAUUGUCCAGAACCGAGGGUUAUACGUGCAGCAUUACGCGAAAGUUAGACACACGCAGCUACUUGCAAUGACAACACGUGGCGUUUCUUAUCCCUCAGCUAGUGCUCCGAAUUGAUGUAUUCUCGUUAACCACUUUACCUCUGCGUGUGUAGCCACUCAUACUCAUUCAUCAUGUCAACCGACCCAUUGAUCCACAAACUCUGCAGCAUAUUUGACCAAUUUAAAGAUGUAUCUGUUGUCUUUGAGCUUUUCCAGUAAAAUGGGAAUCGAGAGGCACGAAUUAGGCUUGAGUUAGGCUUCAGCACUUCUAAUAUGUAAUGUUGGGUGGAUGCAGUCAGAGUUUUGCUGUAAUUUCUUAUGAAGAUAGUCAUUUUCAAAGGAAAGGACCAUACAACAAUUACAAUCAUGUACUUUAAGUUGGCUGCUUUCAGUGGCAGAAGAUUUUUGGUCAAUCUAAAAAAUAUUGUAAAAAAAGUCAAAACACCUCAUUCGGUAACCUUUAGAUCAGCGUCCUUCCAGCCCUGUCAAAGGGGGUCCAUGUUGAUUCAGGUGCCUCUGGCUGGCUUGCUUUGUUGGGGCACAGUGAACAUGGCCAGCUGCCAUAAGGCACUGGCCUCUCAGCAGAGAAAGCCAAGGAAGUUUGUAGUUAAGGUGCGGAUUGACCGGAUAGGCUUUGCCUUGCGUGUGGGUCUCCGCGCCCUGGUCCUGCUACUGAAGUUCAGCCCACUACUGCUGUUGUACCCACUGUGCCUGGUCUCGUGGCGGCUUCGCGGGCUCUGGCUAGACGCCCUGCUCUGGAUCACAGAAACCUCUGGGCCCACCUUCAUCAAACUAGGCCAGUGGGCCAGCACCCGGCGUGACCUCUUCUCCCCGGAGUUCUGCGAUUGCUUCUCCAAGCUGCAUGUGCGUGUUCCUGCUCACCCCUGGACCCACACUCAGCGCUGCCUAAACCGGGCCUUUGGCGACACCUGGAGGCAGCUGUUCGUCUUUCAGAACCGGGAGCCUGUGGGCUCAGGCUGCGUGGCCCAGGUCUACAGGGCCAUGGCCCGGGUGGACCGUGUGGAGGACCCAGCGUUCCACCAGUGGCUGGAGCAGCUGGAGGGGCAGGACCUUCUGGAAGCCUGGGAGAUCCCUGGGCUCAGUGGAGUGCUGGCGCUCCUUUGGGGGCGUGGAAGGGAUGAGGGGGAUGAGAUCAGAGAAGCAGAGGCCCAAAGUGGGCAAGGAGAACAGGGACCCGGCCUGGCUGGAAACCCUCUUAUGCCAGUGGCUAUCAAGGUGCUCCACCCAGGCAUCAAGAGCCGGGUGCAGGUGGACUUGCUCCUCAUGCAUGUGGCCAGCCGACUUCUCUCACUCCUUCCAGGACUUAGGUGGCUCAGCCUGCCAGAGGUGGUGCAGGAGUUUGAGAAGCUGAUGACCAAGCAGAUUGACCUUCGGUAUGAGGCAGAAAACUUUGAGCGAUUCCAAGCCAACUUUCAAAAUGUGGAUGCAGUGAGGUUCCCGACACCCCUGAGGCCAUUUGUCACAAGGGACGUUUUGGUGGAAACGUUUGAGGAGAGCAAGCCCAUUUCAAGCUUCCUGGGUCAGGAGGUGCCAGAGGAUGUCAAGCGGAAGAUAGCCCGGAUGGGAGUCGAUGCCCUCCUGAAGAUGGUGUUUGUGGAUAACUUUGUACAUGGGGACCUACACCCAGGGAACAUCCUGGUACAGGGCGAUGGGGGACCGCCUCCCCCAGGCGCGAUGGCACUGACGGAUCUGUGCGACACGGUGGUGGUGACCGUGAGGCCAUCCGGGCCACCCAUGCGCCUGGUUCUGCUGGAUGCUGGCAUUGUCGCACGGCUCUCAGACGGGGACCUUCGCAACUUCCGCGCCGUUUUCACGGCCGUGGUGCACCGUCAGGGAGAGAAGGUGGCUGAGCUGAUUCUUACCCACGCCAGGGCGAGCGAGUGCACCGAUGUUCCCAGGUUCAAACAGGAGAUGGCAGCACUGGUGAACGAGGCCCUUAGCCACACACUUUCUCUAGGGAAGGUGCAAGUGGGUGAUCUGCUCUCCAGAGUUUUUAAGCUGUUGAUGGCCCACAAGGUGAAGCUGGAAAGCAACUUUGCCUCCAUUGUGUUUGCCAUCAUAGUGUUGGAAGGGUUGGGGAGGUCCCUGGAUCCCACCCUGGAUAUCCUGGAGAUCGCUAAGCCUCUGCUCCUGAGGAAUGCUACUUCUCUCAUCUGAUGUCCCUCCGUGCCAUGCAGCUCAUUGGCUCAGACGGCGUGUGCUACUUUAGCCAACGAUAUCCGGUGUUUGGAUAGUGAUGAACCCUGUCCUAACGUUCAGACUGUGAGUUAUUAAAAACAGAGUUCAGGAUAUUAAGUGACCAAAUAAUGAUUGUCAGGACUAAAAUGUUAACAGUAAUACUGCCCUGCAAAUCUAUGCACAGAACAUGGGCCCACUGCAGAAGACAGCUAUACUGAGUUUAUAUCCUCUAUCGUCUCUUAAUGUCUGUGCAUUUACACCGAAGGUGCAGUUAAUUACCUUCAUGACUCAGUACAAACCUGAGCAAACUAUCUCAGGAAAUAGGGGUUUACUUUUAUCAAAAUUUCAUUAGACCAGUUAAAAUGUUUCAGACCAGUGUUUAAUAUUGAAGUGCACAUCCUUUAAGAAUUCCAGUAAUCACAAGCUCAUGGUUACAUGCUUUGAAAUCACUGAAAUUCAUUCUGAAAUCUAGCAUAUUUACUCUUGUGUUAUUGUCUUUAUCAUAAUCGUAAAUCAUCUUAUGCUGAUCUCAUUGUUGAAAGGAAGGUUUUGAAAAUCUGUGAUUUAAACAUUGAUUUUUCUGUGUGAAACCAUAUCCUCACAUUAUCAGUUCAGUCAUGGCCUUAGUCUCAGAAGACGGUUAUGGUGACCCCCAUUAGUGCAUGUUGUCAAAAACUGUGAUGGGUCGGUUUAUCAUACACCGUUAGGCAGUGAUUGGAUGACCCUACUUCCUGUUUGUUCCUUGGAGGAUUCUUAUUGGGUGAAACCUGCCAGUGAGUUACAGAACACAGUAAUGCUGCCCACUACCGUUUCUGAAUACAGUAACUCUGCCCACCAUGGGCUCAGAAGUUCUAUUUUCUCUCUGUCAUUAGUGAUAAGAUGAAGCACGCUGGAAAGGGAAAACCAUGCCUGAGGGAAAUUAAAUAGAUAAAAUUAGUACUUCAGUAGAUGGAGAUGAUGCAGAAUGUACAUGAAUGAGCAAAAGAGGGAAGUCAUACUUUGACUAUGAGGCACAAAGGCUGAAGCUAGUAGUUUGAACAUUUCGAGUUUUAUUAAAUCUCUUAAUGUGAAACAGGACAUUCCUCUGACGCAUGGAAGAACAGUCAGCAU